AUGGACGCUGAAACUCCGCGUUCAUUAUUUGGCAAACAGCGACUUAAACGUCGUCUUGCGUUUGUUUCCUCACCCGAAACAUCUGAAAGUGAAGAAUCUGCGACGGUUACCUUGGCACGUACUAAUACAUUACGAAUCGAAACAUUGGAAAAUGAAGAAUCCGCGACUACUACCUUGCCACGUACUUGUACAUUACAAAAGAAAAACACUACGAUUCGGGAUUAUGAGAUUACGGAGGUUCUUGAACAAAUUGACUCCGACUUUAGUGCCUCGUCUUCCGAUAAUUAUCAACCAGAUUCAACUGGUUGGUAG